AUGGCAUCUUCGAGCGCUUCAGGGCCUUCGUGCCGCGAUCUCGACAAUACGAUGCGUAUUGAUGCGGGCUCGUGUCGCGGAGGAUUCGACUUUUCCCUCCUCUUCGAAGAAACAAUCCUCGGUAUUCUUCCUAUUGCUCUGAUCUUAAUUCUGGUUCCUCUUCGUCUUUGGCAGCUUGCGCAAAAGCGGCGCAAGGUGGAAGGCUCGUCCCUCUUUGUCUUCAAGCUGGACUUUUCCCUCUUCCAGACUGCUUGGGUAUUUUUCAUUGGACUUCAAAUCGCCCAAACCGCACUCUGGGCUCUGCCUGGUGCCGACCGAACACGCGCUUCAAUUGCGACCAACGCCGUUCUGACCGCCGGGGCGCUGUUUCUCAGCGUCCUAUCCUAUGCCGAACACACCCGCUCCGUAAAACCGUCUCUCAUUCUCAACGCCUACUUGUUCUGUAGUCUUCUUUUCGACAUUGCGAAGACGAGGACUCUGUGGCUCCGAUCAGUGGACAGCUUUAACAAUGGCAUUGCCAUUGUAACGACCGUGGCGGUGGGUGCCAAAGUGGUUCUGGCAUUGUUGGAAGCCAUUGAGAAGCGAAGCAUCCUGAGUACCGAGUACCAGGGCUACCCACCCGAGGCCACUGCUGGAUUCUACAACAAGGCAACAUUCUGGUGGUUGAACCCUCUGUUCAAGAAUGGAUUCUUCAACGUUCUCUCUGUGGAGGAUCUGGCUCCCCUCGACAAGGAAUUGAGCUCCGAGAGACUCCUCGCACUGUUUGAAGAGCAAUGGAGCAAAGUGAAAUCCAAGUCUCCCAACACUCUUCAGCUCGAGGCGUUCAAGGCGACCAAGCUCCCGCUUCUGGCCGCAGUUCCCGCCAGAGCGUGCGUCGUGGCAUUCAACUUCUGUCAACCACUGCUUCUGACGCGAUCUCUUGAUUUCUUCAGCGAGCCCGUGAACAGCGCGACCAAUAACGUGGGCUACGGUCUCAUCGGAGCUUACAUUCUGGUGUAUACCGGUCUGGCCGUCGCCAUGGGUCAAUACCAACACAAUACGUACCGUGGUAUCACCAUGGUCCGCGGCAUCCUGGUAACCAUGCUCUACAAAAAGGCCAGCAGUCUUAAUCUCAACGAGACUGACCCCGCCAACUCUCUGACUCUAAUGAGUGCUGAUGUUGAGAGAAUUACCCAGGGAUGGCAGACCAUGCACGAGAUCUGGGGCAACUCGGCUGAGAUCGCCCUGGCGAUCUACCUGCUGGAGCGUCAGCUAGGAAUCUCCUGUAUCGUCCCGGUUUGCGUGGCAUUGGUUGCGCUGGUCGGCUCCCUAAUUAUGAUGUCGUUCGUAGUGACCCGCCAGGCUAAGUGGCUCGAGGCGAUCGAACGGCGAAUCUCGUCGACCUCGAGCAUGUUGGGAUCCAUCAAGGGUGUCAAGAUGUUGGGAUUGCAGAACUCCUUCAUGAGCUUCGUCCAUGGCCUCCGAAUUGACGAAUUGAACAUCUCCAAGAAGUUCCGUACUCUUCUCGUGUGGAACAUGGGUUUCGCUUGGUUGACUCGCAUAUUCGCCCCGAUCUUCACCUUCGGUGUUUACGUCGCUAUUUCAGAUAACAGCUUGACCAUUUCGCGAGUUUUCACCUCGCUUUCGUUGUUCUCUCUUUUGUCAGACCCUCUGUUGACUCUGGUGAUGGCUCUGAUGUCUUUCUUUGGCUCUGUCGGUUCCUUCGCUCGUAUCCAAGCAUUCCUGGACAAAGAGGACCACUCGGACCUGCGACGCAACACCCCUCAAAUUCCUUCCCUGGAAGAUCUCGGUGAAGCCAAACUUCUUUCCAAGUCGGGCGACAUCGAUUUGUCCUCCAGCAACUCCGCCUCCGUCGAAUCUCUGAAGCGCGGCUCUACCUCCAGCACUACGACAAAUGCCGCCUCUAUUCAAAAUGGAACUUUCACCUGGGAUGCUGAAAAGGAGCCUGUUCUGAAGGACAUUUCGCUGACUGUGCCUCGUGGUAGCUUCACCAUGCUGAUUGGACCCUCUGGCUGCGGUAAAUCAACUCUUCUGAAAGCGCUUCUCGGAGAGAUCCCAGCGACCGAAGGAAAAGUCGAGGUGAAUUCGGCGAGUGUGGCUUUCUGUGACCAGACUCCAUGGCACAUGAAUGGCACCAUCAAGGACAGUAUCGUCGCCAUGUCGGAUUAUGAUCCCAAGUGGUACGCCACGGUGAUCCAGGCUUGUGCUCUGGAGGAAGAUCUGGGUCAGUUCCCGCGGGGUGAUCGCAGCGUCAUUGGAAGCAAAGGUGUUGCGCUGAGUGGCGGUCAGAGUCAACGCAUUGCACUGGCACGUGCAGUGUACGCUCGCCGCAAGAUUAUCAUCCUCGACGAUGCCCUGAGCGGUCUGGACGUCACUACCGAGAACCACAUCUUCCACAGUCUGUUCGGAGAUCUCGGCCUCUUGCGUGAAAUCGGUACUUCUAUCAUCGUGUCUUCUUCUGCUGUCAAGCGUCUCCCCUACUCUGAUCACAUUGUCGUUCUCGAUCCCUCUGGUCGCAUCGCCGAGCAAGGAAGCUUCAGCGCCUUGAACAAGACUGGUGGAUAUGUUGCAAGCUUUGGUCUUGGUGCCCCGGACUGGGACUACAAGCCCAAGCGUUUUUCGGCCUCUCCCAGCUACAGCACUAUCGAUUCCGUCGAGAAGGAGAAGGAGGAUGUCGCUCCCGAGCCGGUUCAGCGGGACACUGGUGGUGACCUCUCCAUCUAUACAUACUACAUCAACGCUAUCGGCUGGGUUCCCGCAUUGGUCUUCAUGGUCGCCAUGGCUGGUUUCGUCUUCUGCAUCUCCUUCCCCAGCAUCUGGGUGAAGUGGUGGGCCCGUUCCGACACUGUAGAGCCUAAGCAGCACAUCGGCUAUUACCUUGGUAUCUAUGUGAUGCUCGGCUGCAUCGCCAUGAUUUCCCUCAUUGUUGGCUGCUGGCAGAUGAUUAUCACUAUGGUUCCCAAGUCUGGAGAGAACUUCCACCGCAAGCUGUUGUCUACCGUCCUCAGUGCCCCAAUGCUGUUCUUCUCAACGACCGAUAGCGGUAACAUCCUCAACCGCUUCAGUCAGGACUUGCAACUCAUCGAUAUGGAACUUCCAAUCGCUGCCAUCAACACUGUCGCUACCUUUUUCCUCUGUCUGGCCCAGAUGGCCCUGAUUGGCGCUGGCUCCAAAUAUGCUGCUAUCUCUUUCCCAUUCGUUCUCGGUAUCUUGUUCCUCAUUCAGAAGAUGUACUUGCGCACAUCCCGCCAGAUUCGGUUCUUGGAUCUUGAGGCUAAAGCUCCUCUCUAUUCCCACUUCACCGACUGUCUCCACGGCCUAGUAACCAUGCGCGCCUUCGGGUGGCAGCAUGGCAUGGAGAAGAAAAACAUCGAACUUUUGGACUAUUCUCAGCGUCCAUUCUACUUCAUGUUUGCUAUUCAGCGAUGGUUGACAUUCUCUUUGGAUAUGAUUGUCGCCGGUAUUGCUAUUCUUCUGAUUGUUCUUGUCGUUAUUCUCCGUGGAACCAGUCUCGGUGCUGGUUCUAUCGGUGUCGCACUCUUGAACGUCAUCCAAUUCAGCCAGAGCAUUAAGCUCAUGGUCACCUUCUGGACCAAUCUGGAAACCCACAUUGGCUCGAUCCUUCGUGUCAAGGACUUCACCCUAAAUGUCGAGUCCGAGGACCAGCCUGGCGAGGAUGAUGACAUCCCUCCCAACUGGCCUUCAAGUGGUGCCGUUAACUUCCACUCCAUCUCUGCUGCAUACAGGCCGUCUGAGCCAGUUCUUAAUGACGUGUCCCUAUCUAUUCAAGGUGGCGAGAAGGUCGGCAUCUGUGGACGAACAGGAAGUGGCAAAACGUCGAUGAUUAUGAGCAUCUUUCGCAUGAUCGAGCUCACCAGUGGAACCAUCACGGUGGACGGCGUCGACCUUGCCCGCCUACCAAGACGGGAUCUCCGCGCUCGCAUCAAUGGCGUCUCACAAGACUCGCUACUCUUCAAGGGCAGCGUCCGGACAAACGCCGACCCAACUGGCUCCUGCACCGACCACGACAUCCUCGGCGCGCUACGGAGCGUCCAACUCCUCCCUGCCAUCGAAGAAAAGGGCGAUCUCGACACUGACAUCGGCGAGAUCUACUUGUCUCACGGCCAGAAACAGCUCUUCUGUCUUGCCCGCGCGCUUCUUCGCCAAGGCAAUAUCCUCAUCCUCGACGAGGCAACCAGCAACAUCGACACCAAGACAGACGAAAUCAUGCAACGCGUCAUCCGCGAGAAAUUCUGCAACCAUACCAUCAUCUCGGUGGCGCACAAGCUCGAUACCAUCCUCGAUUACGACCGCGUCGUCGUGCUGGACGCCGGCCGCAUUGUUGAAACGGGCGAGCCGUAUGCACUUCUCACCGAGCCCAAGUCGCACUUUGCCAAGCUCUAUUCGAGUGCAAUGGAGACCGAGGACUCGGACUAA